AUGCAGGGAAUAAUGAAUUUUCGUGUUUUUGGCGCCUCGUUAAGAGUCGCGAUAGUACUUCCGGCACUUUUUGGGUGUAUAUACACCCGAGGAGUGACCGGUUCGCCGGCUCCUCCAUCCGCGGAGGUGCAUUUAAAACCUCAAGAGGACCAUAGUGUCGCAGAUAUUGCAAGCGCGCAGCCUGAUCUCGAGCGGCUCGGUGCCCUUUUUGACGGCAUCGUCGCUUCCGUGCAACAGACACCUAAGCAUUCUGAGCAGGCCGACGCGGGCGAGGAUACAGCGGAGCCACAGUCCCGCCGACUGCCGAAUGAGCCGGAAGAUGCGCAAAAACUCCUUCAACUCCUUCUGGCCGACGAGGAGGCCAUGGAGCUCUGGAAAACGCACUUCGCUCGCCACGUCACGCAAAACGUGCGCCGCGUCGUGCUGAAACUCAGCGUUGCCGAGAACGCCGGUUCUGAGGUAGACGUUGCGACGCCCCAAGGCAGCGAACCGGAAUCGGUGCUGCGUCUCGCGGGUGAAGAGGAUUUCUGGGAGAGUCGGCCCGCGAGCUCGAUGGCCGCAGUCCAGCUGAUCAGAGAGAAGAUGGCGAAGCGCAUGCAGUCGUCCGGCGAGACUGCCGCGGACAUGUGGAUUGCCGAGGUUUCUCAGCGCUUUAGGUACCUGAGCAUGAAGGACGCCAAGCGACAAAUGGGGACGUUUCUCGUCCACGCACAAGUCCAAGGGGGAUCGGGUCCGCAAGGCACGCCGCUUCCGCCGAAAACCGAGUUCAAAAACGCGGCCGACCCCAUUCCAGAGAGCUUCGACACCCGCGAGGCCUUCCCGGCGUGCACCGACGUCGUCGGGCACGUGCGAGAUCAAGGCGACUGCGGCUCCUGCUGGGCGUUCGCCAGCACCGAGGCCUUCAACGACCGCCUCUGCAUUCGCAGCCAAGGCAAGGCGAACGCACCUCUGUCGCCGCAGCAUACCACGUCCUGCUGCAACGCCCUGCACUGCGCAUCGUUCGGAUGCAACGGCGGCCAGCCGGGCAUGGCAUGGCGCUGGUUUCAACGCAAGGGCGUCGUGACAGGAGGGGACUACGACGCGCUGCAGAAGGGAACGACGUGCUGGCCGUAUGAAGUGCCGUUUUGCGCGCACCACGUGAAGGCGCCUUUUCCCGACUGUGACGCGAGCGUCGCACCGCGCCACACGCCAAAGUGCAGAAAAGACUGCGAGGAGACGAACUACACCGCCAACGUCCACCCAUUCGAGCAGGAUCUGCACAAGGCGAGCUCGGCGUACUCCCUGCGAAGCCGCGACGACGUGAAACGCGACAUGAUGGCCCACGGCACCGUCACGGGCGCGUUCAUUGUGUACGAAGACUUCCUCAACUACAAAGCAGGCGUCUACAAACAUGUCUCAGGCUCUCCCGUUGGUGGUCACGCCAUCAAGAUCAUCGGGUGGGGAACCGAAGGCGGCGAAGACUACUGGCUCGCGGUGAACAGCUGGAACGACUACUGGGGCGACAAGGGUCUCUUCAAAAUCAAGAUGGGCGAGGGAGGCAUCGACGACGAGAUGGUCGCUGGGGAGGCUGCCUGGGAAGAAGUUGAAGGCGCGGUCAACGCCGACGAGGCGCCCAGUCUCCCUUCGCUACCGAAGGACGCUGCGCCGCGCCCCGCAGCGACUGGGGACAAGGAGAUGUAG